AUGGGGUCAACAACGGAAGAGUGGCCCGCUGUGCGCGUGCGAGAUACCUUCAUAGACUUCUUCAAGAACAAUGGGCAUACAUUCGUACCCUCAUCCUCCGUCGUACCACACUCAGAUCCUACCCUCCUGUUCGCCAAUGCUGGCAUGAACCAGUACAAAUCCAUAUUCCUCGGUACCGUGGACCCUUCCUCAGACUUUGCGCAGCUCAAGCGUGCCGUGAACUCCCAAAAGUGUAUACGUGCGGGAGGCAAACACAAUGAUCUCGACGAUGUGGGCAAGGACAGCUACCACCAUACCUUCUUUGAGAUGCUGGGAAAUUGGAGUUUCGGAGACUACUUCAAGAAAGGCGCAAUUCAGUUCUCUUGGGAACUUCUCACCCAAGUAUACGGAAUAGAACCUGACCGCCUCUACGUGACGUAUUUUGAAGGCAACGAAGCUGGAGGCCUCGAGCCAGAUCUAGAAGCAAAAACAAUAUGGAAGUCGGUGGGAGUCGCGGAGGACCAUAUUUUGCCCGGAGAUAUGAAAGACAAUUUCUGGGAGAUGGGAGAUCAAGGGCCUUGUGGGCCUUGUAGUGAGGUACAUUAUGACAGGAUUGGGGGCAGGAAUGCUGCCCAUCUUGUCAAUCAAGACGAUCCUAAUGUGCUGGAGAUAUGGAAUAACGUUUUCAUACAAUACAAUCGGGAACCAGAUAAGUCGCUGCGACCACUGCCGAACAAACACGUUGACACUGGCUUGGGCUACGAACGAUUGGUCUCAGUCCUGCAGAAAAAGCCUUCGAACUAUGACACAGACGUUUUUACUCCGCUUUUUGCUAAGAUACAAGAGAUCACUGGUGCGAGAGAGUACAGGGGCAAGUUUGGAGACGAUGAUCCAGAUGGCAUCGACACAGCCUAUCGAGUAGUCGCUGAUCAUGUUCGCACACUCACCUUUGCUAUUACCGACGGAGCAGCACCUAAUGCGGAUGGCAGAGGUUAUGUUGUCCGCAGAGUACUAAGGAGGGGUGCUCGGUAUGCGAGGAAAUACUUCAAUUCGGAAAUUGGCGAGUUUUUCUCUAAGAUCGUGCCAACUCUGGUGCACCAAAUGAGUGAUAUGUUCCCCGAGAUCAAGAGAAAAGAGUCGGAUGUCAUCGAGAUACUGAAUGAAGAAGAAAAAUCUUUUGCCAAGACCCUUGACCGAGGAGAGAGACAGUUUGAACACUACGCGCAGAAAGCGAAGCUGAAAGACUCGAAGAAGCUGCAUGGUGCUGAUGUUUGGCGAUUGUACGAUACAUUUGGUUUUCCAGUGGAUCUGACCAGACUAAUGGCCGAGGAGAGAGGUCUGGAGAUUGACGAUACGGAGUUCGAAGACGCUCGACUGAAAGCAAAGGAGGCAAGUCGAGGAGAGAAGAAGGCUGCCUCAGAUAUGGUGAAGCUGGAUGUUCACGACCUAGGCAAGCUGUCGAAGAUGAACGAUGUGUCGCCAACGGAUGAUAACCCAAAGUUCGGAAGAGAGAACAUCACAUCACAGAUCAAGGCGAUUUACCAUGCGAAGCAGUUCCUACAAUCGACAAAGGAAAUACCAGGUGAUGAGCAAUUGGGCUUGAUCGUCGACCGGACCAACUUCUAUGCCGAGCAAGGUGGUCAAGAGAACGACACGGGCAAAAUAAUCAUUGACGGUGUUGCUGAACUUGAAGUCCAGAACGUGCAGGUGUACGCUGGCUACGUGCUACAUACUGGCUACUUGAAGUAUGGCUCACUCUCUGUUGGGGACGAAGUGAUCUGCGAAUACGACGAGCUCCGAAGGUGGCCAAUACGUAACAAUCAUACGGGCACACACAUACUCAACUUUGCGCUAAGGGAAGUUCUUGGAGACGGCGUCGAUCAGAAAGGUUCUCUCGUCGCUCCAGAGAAGUUGCGGUUCGACUUCUCGCAUAAAGCAGGCAUUUCAAUCCAAGAGCUGGAGCGAAUCGAAGAUAUUUCGACCAGGUACAUUAGGCAAAAUUUCCAAGUAUACUCGAAAAGCGUACCUCUCGCUACCGCGAGAGAAAUCGAGGGGCUCCGCGCUGUCUUCGGCGAGACAUACCCGGACCCCGUUCGAGUUGUAUCCGUUGGCGUCGAGGUCGAAGAGCUCCUCCAGAACGUCAAAGACCCGAAAUGGAAAGAAGUGAGCGUGGAAUUCUGCGGUGGAACUCAUGUGCAGAAAACCAGUGAUAUCAAAGAGCUCGUCAUCGUAGAAGAGAGCGGUAUCGCCAAGGGCAUACGGCGCAUCGUCGCGGUGACGGGCGAAGAUGCAUACGCAGUGCAACGAGUCGCCAUAGAAUUUCAGAAGAGAUUAGAAGAACUCGAACGCAUGCCUCACGGCCACAAAAAGGAGCAAGAAAUCAAAACCACACAAUUAGACCUGGACCAGCUUUCGAUAUCCUGGAUCACAAAGUCGAAGCUGCGGGAUCAAUUCGGCAAGAUCCUCAAAGCGCAGCUCGAGGAACAGAAAGCCGUGCAGAAGGCCGAGUCGAAGAAAGUUCUCGAUGCUGUCACCGAGUACUUCGCCCAGCACAAGGAUAGCAAGCACUACAUCGGCAAGGUACCGAUCUCGGCCAACAACAAGGCCAUCAGUGAUGCAAUCAAGCAUGUGCAGACGAAGAACAAAGACAAGACGGUUUAUCUAUUUGCGGCGGAUGAGGGGGAGGGGAAGGUGAUCCAUGGAUGCCAUGUUUCCGAGGAAGCGAGCAAAGCCGGCCUCUCCGCCAGCGCAUGGGCCGUUCAGAUCUCCAACGUUGUCGGUGGAAAGGCGGUAGGGAAGGGCUCCACAUGUAUAAGCAACGGGCCGCAUCCGGACAAGGUGGACGACGCCGUGCAGGCGGCGACGAAGUAUCUGGAGCAGUUCCAUCUGUGA